CUGCAAGCGAGGGGGGGUGUUGUUGGUAUCGCCCCCUCCUUCUCCUCCCCCCAGGGGUGAAAGUGCAAGAGGAAGUGCAGUCGCUGCCAUCUUUCCUCCGUUCCGAACACGGAGCCCCGGGCCGCAGCGCCGCCGCUCCGCUGCCGCCGGCGCCUGGCCUAGGGAAGGGCCCACCCCGCUGCCGCCGCCGCCCGCUCGUUUCGGCCGCCGCCACCGCCAAGCUCGGAGGCCCGGCUUGCGCCACCGCCCCCGCGCACGCCCGGCCACCGCCGCCUUCGCCUUUUGUUUCCUUUGCUCCGGCGCCCCCGCCCCGGCUCGCGCUUUGCAGGGGACGCAGCGCGCGCCCCCAGCGGGCCCGGGAAAAGCCUUGGAGCGCGCGCUUGCGCUUGCGCGGCGGACCCCUCCUCCCCGCGCGCGCGCCUCUCUUGGCUGAGCGCCGGCGCCGCCUGGCGGGCGGGAGGGGAGGUGGCAGGAGCAUUGGCAGGAGGGGCGCACCUCUUCGCUUGCGUACCCCCCGGAAGGUAGACGAGAAAGGGAGGCGGGCAGGCGGGGAGCGGAUCGCGCGGUCCGGUGGGGGCGGGGUGGCUAUGUGGGGGGCAGCGCACCCCGCCGUCUAGACAUUUUGAUUCGGGCAGGGGGCGUGUGCGCUGGGCGCACCUGCGAGACUGACUAGCCCCGGGCAGCACGUGCGGGGAGUGGGGACAAGUCCACCGCGCCCGGCUUCUCGCUGCCUAGGGGAAGGGACUGGGGACCGGCGGGGGCCCGGGCCCGGCUCGUGGGCAGGGGGCGGCGGCCAUGGAGCGGGUCAACGACGCUUCCUGCGGCCCGUCGGGCUGCUACACCUACCAGGUGAGCAGACAUAGUACCGAGAUGCUGCACAACCUAAACCAGCAGCGCAAAAACGGCGGGCGCUUCUGCGACGUGCUCCUACGGGUGGGCGACGAGAGCUUCCCAGCGCACCGCGCCGUGCUGGCCGCCUGCAGCGAGUACUUUGAGUCGGUAUUCAGCGCCCAGUUGGGCGACGGCGGAGCUGCAGACGGGGGUCCUGCUGAUGUUGGAGGCGCGGCGGCGGCUCCGGGCGGUGGGGCCGGGGGCAGCCGCGAGCUGGAGAUGCACACCAUCAGCUCCAAGGUAUUUGGGGACAUCCUGGACUUCGCUUACACUUCCCGCAUCGUGGUGCGCCUAGAGAGCUUCCCUGAGCUCAUGACGGCCGCCAAGUUCCUGCUGAUGAGGUCGGUCAUCGAGAUCUGCCAGGAAGUCAUCAAACAGUCCAACGUACAGAUCUUGGUGCCUCCGGCCCGGGCUGACAUCAUGCUCUUUCGUCCCCCUGGGACCUCUGAUUUGGGUUUCCCUUUGGACAUGACCAACGGCGCAGCCUUGGCAGCCAACAGCAAUGGUAUUGCUGGUACCAUGCAGCCUGAGGAGGAAGCUGCCAGGGCCACAGGUGCAGCUAUUGCGGGCCAAGCUUCCCUGCCUGUGUUACCUGGGGUGGACCGUUUGCCCAUGGUGGCUGGACCCCUGUCCCCUCAACUGCUGACUUCCCCAUUCCCCAAUGUGGCAUCGAGUGCCCCUCCACUGACUGGCAAGCGAGGCCGGGGACGCCCAAGGAAAGCCAACCUUCUGGACUCGAUGUUUGGGUCUCCAGGGGGCUUGAGGGAGGCAGGCAUCCUUCCGUGUGGCCUGUGCGGGAAGGUGUUCACUGAUGCCAACCGGCUCCGGCAGCAUGAGGCCCAACACGGUGUCACCAGCCUUCAGCUGGGCUACAUCGAUCUUCCUCCUCCACGGCUGGGGGAGAAUGGGCUACCUAUCUCUGAGGACCCCGACGGCCCCAGAAAAAGGAGCCGGACCAGGAAGCAGGUGGCUUGUGAGAUCUGUGGCAAGAUCUUCCGUGACGUGUACCAUCUCAACCGGCACAAGCUGUCCCACUCUGGGGAGAAGCCCUACUCCUGCCCGGUGUGUGGUCUGCGGUUCAAGAGAAAGGACCGCAUGUCCUACCAUGUGCGGUCCCAUGAUGGGUCGGUAGGCAAGCCGUACAUCUGCCAGAGCUGUGGGAAAGGCUUCUCCAGGCCUGAUCACUUGAAUGGACACAUCAAGCAGGUGCACACUUCUGAGCGCCCUCACAAGUGUCAGACCUGCAAUGCUUCGUUCGCCACCCGAGACCGUCUGCGCUCCCACCUGGCCUGUCAUGAAGACAAAGUGCCCUGCCAGGUGUGUGGGAAGUACUUGCGGGCAGCAUACAUGGCAGACCAUCUGAAGAAGCACAGCGAGGGCCCCAGCAACUUCUGCAGUAUCUGUAACCGAGGUUUCUCCUCUGCCUCCUACUUAAAGGUCCAUGUUAAAACCCACCACGGUGUUCCCCUUCCCCAGGUCUCCAGGCACCAGGAACCCAUCCUGAAUGGGGGAGCAGCGUUCCACUGCGCCAGGACCUAUGGCAACAAAGAAGGCCAGAAAUGCUCACAUCAGGAUCUGAUUGAGAGCUCUGACUCCUAUGGUGACCUCUCAGACGCCAGUGACCUGAAGACGCCAGAGAAGCAGAGUGCCAACGGCUCUUUCUCCUGUGACAUGGCAGUCCCUAAAAACAAAAUGGAGUCUGACGGGGAGAAGAAGUACCCAUGCCCUGAAUGUGGGAGCUUCUUCCGUUCUAAGUCCUACUUGAACAAACAUAUCCAGAAGGUGCAUGUCCGGGCCCUUGGAGGCCCCCUGGGGGACCUGGGCCCUGCCCUUGGUUCACCUUUCUCUCCCCAGCAGAACAUGUCUCUUCUGGAGUCCUUUGGGUUUCAGAUUGUUCAGUCAGCGUUUGCAUCAUCUCUAGUAGAUCCUGAGGUGGACCAGCAGCCCAUGGGGCCUGAGGGGAAGUGAGACAGAUGCUUUGUCCCCAAGAAACAGCCGAUGGGGACUGCUGAGAAAUGCUGUGAAUGCGGAGGGAAGUGAUGUCUUUGGGUUCUGUAGCUGAGAGAUUUUUAUUCGUUUAUAACCCCCCAUCCCUGUCCCCAUCCAACGCCCUCUCCAUCACCCAUUCCCUCAAUGGUCUUUAGAAAUAGAUUCUCAUCUGAUACUUUGCGGAGAUAUCUGAGAGACCAGGUAUGGGACAAGGGCAAAAAAACACUACAUAGGCCUCUAAGGUAGCACCAGGCCUGGUUUCUCUAGUGGCCAGAAACCAGAAUUUCUGGUGCUCAAUUCUUAGUGAUCCCAAACCCAAACCUCAAGGCAUUCUGGGACUCAGUGGUUUUGGUCCCUUUAUAUUUCUAAUUCCUCCUUCCCCUUUCUUAUAUCCCUCAGAAGAAACCACAGUAGAGCCUUCACCUCUCAUACCACUUUGAUGUCCAACUACUUUAAGGAAACCAGAAGCCUACAGCAUCCCACGGACCAUGGGAUGAGUGUCCUCUGAGAGCCGUCUGAGCUUGGCCCCUGGCCUGGAGGGCCCUUGACUUUCCUGAGUCCUGCUAGAGGCUAGCAUUUCAUUGCCAGGACAAGCUCAGCUAUUGAGGACACCCCCACCCCAAAUUCCAGUUCUUACAUGAUUUUAACCAUUCAUCUUGCUGUUGGGUUUUAAUUCUCUAAUUAUGAUUAUUAUUGUUAUUAUUUUUUAGGACCAGUUGUAGUGAAUUGCUACUGAAAGCUAUCCCAGGUGAUACAGAGCUCUUUGUAAACCGCAGUCACACAUUAGGGUUAGUAUUAAAAUUUGUUUAGAUGUACCAUAAUUAACUUGGCUAGUUGUUUGUUUGAAGUCUAUGGAAGAAAUAGUUUUAUGCAAAAUUUUAAAAAAUGCUAGUCUGAUCAGGAAGGAGUUUCUAUGAUGUUGGGGACCAGGAAGGCGGGAGAGCCACAGGUAGAGACACUGUGUACCUUGGUUGUGUCACAUGUGAGCAAGCCCAGGUGGACCUUGUGAUGUGAAUUGAUCUGAUCAGACUAUAUUAAAAACAUCAGUACCUUACUCUA